GUCGGGAGAGUCAUCAAACUUUACGUGAUGAUGGUCAGAGUCAAGGAAGGGGUGACGGUCAUCCAAAUCCAGAUUCAGGUGGGCAUAUAAAUCAAGGUUUAGGUAAGAAUCCAAAAUUAGAUCAGUCUCAAGAGCCAGAUUCUGGUCGGGAUAAAAGUCCGGGUUCAGGAAGCAACAAAAGUUUCAGUCCAAAUGGGACUGGACGUCCAAGACAAGAUAAAAACAGCAGACCAGUAAAUCGUCAGAAUCGUUGUCAAAGAACAGAGACAGCAGGGAUUAAGGAGGCCAGAACGUGUAUGGAGAAUGUCAACAAGAUUUUGAGAAAUGGAAACCGCCAGGACACCAUCGAAGCCAUGGAGAGCCUGGAACAGGUUCUACAAGCAACGGAGGUGAACGAGACGUCAUCCAUGUCUCUCAACAAUGUGGUCGUGUUCCUGCACAGACCUAGAGGAUCCUUUGCAGGUCUUCAGAUUUCUGCGAGUGACAGUGAGGCCACAUCAGAUAAGACCGUCACCAACAGCAGAGUGAGUGUUCACCUGCCCAGCGAGAUUAAUGUUGGAUUAAACACGGUGGUGUUCUUGAUGCUUACGUUGCCUGGAACAAACAAGACCUCGGAGGUUUUAUUUGAGAACAGACUGGUUGGCCUGAGUGUGAGUGGAAGGAAUAUUUCCGGACUGCAGGACCGAGUCAACAUCACCAUGAAUAUGAAUUCUGCUGCCAUGAAUGAGACCCAAAAGCCCAGCUGUGUGUUCUUAGACUUUUCAACACAGAACUACAGCACAGACGGCUGCGACACCAUGUGGAAGCCUGGUCAGAGUCACAUCACCUGCUCCUGCGACCACCUCACAUACUUCGGCGUGCUCCUGGUGUCAGCUGACCUCCCGCCUGAGCACCUGGAGAUCCUGUCGUACAUCUCUCUGAUUGGCUGCAGUCUGUCUCUUCUCGUCCUAGUCCUCACCGUUCUGCUCUUCAUGUCUAAAAGGAAAGUCAGAGCAGACGUCUCCAUGAAGGUCCACAUCAACCUCACUGUUGCUCUGAUCCUCCUCAACGUGCACUUCCUGCCCAGCCAGACGGUGGCAGCACUGUCCUCCCCUGGUCUGUGUCUCUACAUUGCCCUCGCUAUUCAUUACUCCCUGCUGGCCACGUUCAGCUGGAUGGCCCUGGAGGGGUUUCACCUGUACCUCCUGCUGGUCCGAGUCUUCAACAUCUACAUGAGGCGAUACAUGCUCAAGCUCAGCGUGGUGGGAUGGGGUGUACCUGCAGUCAUCGUGUCCCUGGUGGUCGUCAUAGACAGAGACACGUAUGGUACUGUCCCUCUGGACUCCUCAAAACCAAACAGCACUGAAAUAUGCUACAUAGUCGAUCACACGGUGAAGAUGGUGACCACAGUGGGAGUGUUCAGCCUGGUUUUCCUCUAUAACCUGAUCAUGUUAGGAGUGACGAUCAGACGUGUUGUGAGUCUCCGCAGGAGAAAACAGUCUGGACACAUUGACCAUGAAACAGCCAAGAGAGACAUCUGCACCCUGCUGGGAGUCACCGCUCUGCUCGGCGUCCCCUGGGGUCUGGUCUUCUUCUCUUUUGGUUACCUGACUGUUCCCGGCCUCUACGUCUUCUGCAUCCUGAACUCACUGCAAGGUGUCUUCAUCUUCAUCUGGUUCCUGAUGUCUUUGAGAAAAAUCGGAAACUCAGCUGCAAAAACAAGCAGUAUCAAAACACAGAGCUCCAACAGUUAAACGCUAACACCUGGACGUGUGUGUGUGUGUGUGUGUGUGUGUGUGUGUGUGUGUGUGUGUGUGUGUGUGUGUGUGUGUGUGUGCGUGUGGUAAGGAGAUUGUGAAAAGAUGAGAACUCUUAAGUUUGCUGUGUUAAUUUUGACUUUACAUCAUGAUGCUUUCAUGUGGCCUUCAAAAAUGUAGCAAACAUGCUAGCUGGCGCUAACUCAUGCUAGCUGAUGUGAGUGACUCUGACAUUAAAGGGGAAAUGUUUUAUUA